CUGAGAGUUUUCACGAGAAAGCCCAUUUCCAAGUUACUUACUCAGUUUUUGAUAAGGAUCCAGAUUUUGUUUAAUUUGUGUCGACAGAGAGUUGCAAAAAACAGCAGAAAAUAUACUGCAGUUUGUGAAUUCAAUUCCGAUUUAUUUUUUACUUUAGCGCAUCUAAAUAUAUUUGAUGCCUGUCCCUCACUGAUGCCCCUUACUUACGAUGAUGGCGAUAGCGACAAAGUUUUCAAUUCGAAAUUCCCGCCAACCCAGAAGAAAGGGUCUAUGGAAAUCAGUUGCAAUCAAGCAUGCCAAAUUCCAGUUUUGUUUUUAUUAUCACAAUUCAAUGACUCUGCAUUGUUAAAGACGGACGUGAUUUGCACAUGUCGAAAUUAUAAUGAUUUCGAAAGCAUCAUUGUGGCACUGAAAUAUUUCAAAGAUUGGCAUCAUUGAAAUAAUUUCUCAAACAGGAAACAAAUUCAACAAAGACACGUAGUGAAACUUAGUAGCCAAAUAAACAUUCGAUAUUCUGCACUUGACAAUCUGAACAAGAAACAAAACAAGAAACAUUACGAACAAGAAACAUCAAGUUUUGCAGACUUAGUGGACUGCGAUAAUAGACAAGCUCUUCAAAAUGGUGGACUGUUUUCCGGACACCUGGGCACCGAAGAGCCUCUCUCAUUUCACGGCUGCUGCAUCACUGGUCUUGUGUAUCAUCAUAACAACUGGCAAUUUGCUUAUCAUCCUCGCGGUUAUCAUCGAUCCUUUAAAGAAACUUCGUACCCCGUUCAGCUACUUCUUAAUCAACCUAGCCAUCAGCGAUUUAAUCGUUGGCCUAGUCACCAUGCCGGUAUCCUACGACGUUCAUAGCGACGAAGCAAGUGGCCACAUUCCCAAAUAUAAAGUCACUCUUAUACAUGUAUCUUACUUCGUCUCCUCCACAGCAAGUGUCUUGAGCCUGGGUGCGCUCAGUGUGGAUAGGUUUGUCGCCAUCCGUUGGCCUAUCAGGUAUCGAAAGAGACUGUCGAUGCUUCGAUGUGCUUUCAUGUCUUUCGCAAUAUGGCUUUUCUCUGGAGCAGUUUCGAUGGUAUACCUCAAGAUUGGCUAUAUCAAUCAUCUAAUGGUUUUUGUGCAUUUGUCAGUCUUACUAACUUUUAUUCUUCUUGUUGUUACAUACCGCGAAGUUUACAAAGCGUUUCGAAGACAAGCGAAUGAGUUACGCGCCUUUCAGAAUCCAGGGAAUAUCCAAAAUACGACAUCGCAAGUGAUUGACCAAACGGAAUUUCGCCGUGUGCGGACGGAAAAGAAAGUAACGAGGGCAUUCCUGUACAUCCUUGGUCUUUUCAUCUGCUGUUACUUGCCCGCUAUUGUAAUGAUUUACAUUUUGCAGUUCUGCGAAACUUGCAGUUGCGAUUUGCGCCAUAUAUUACGAGACUUGCAGUUCAUAUUGGUGAGCGUGAACAGCGCUAUGAACCCAUUUGUAUGCACUAUACGACUAGGCCCAUUUCGCCGUUCGAUAAUUGCCGUAAUACUGUGCAAAAAAUUUCGACAGAAUAAAUAUGCUAUUCGAAAUGAAAGCGCAAGAGGUAUGGUAAACCACGGAGCGAGCAACAAAGAAUCUUCAGAAGAAACAGUGUAACGCAAUUGGCAUUUGAGAAUAUUCACUUGAACGCUUUAUCGCUGAGAAUAACCGCAUAAAACUGUUUUCAGCCAUUAUGUUUUCAGUCUUUUGGUGGUACAAAACUUAAAAAUGGUUUUGAAAAAAGCAAACAUUUGAGUAUACUAAAGCUUUAUAGGCAAGUGUAGUAUACUUUUCACACGCCUACGUCUUUUAAAGGCAAUCUGUCACGACGUUGACUGAUUAUAAGAACAAAGAUAUUUUUAUUGUUUCCAGUCCCCCUUUAAUUCAUCGCAUUGUAAAAAAUAUGACGGAGCGCUGGAAUUGUGUUUAGGCUAUUGUUCCAGCUAUUGUUCUCGUUAACCAAUCCACAACGAGACAGAUUGCCUUUAAUGCUUGAUUACUUUUCACAUACGACUGAACAAAGGUUUUCAGUGGGAAAUUCGAAGAAAAAUUUACUUCCAUAAAUUAAAGAAAAAUCAAAGAUCCUGGCCUCUCAAUAAACUUUAAAAUAAUCAAAUUUCCCUUUUUUUCAUACGAAACACCAAAACAUCUAUGAAUCCAUAUCUCAAACAGCAUUAGAAACCAUUCAGAGGUCUUUAUCGAAUGGAGUUCGAAAGUGAUGACGUCACAAAAAUAUAUUUUUAGAAUUUUUGAAUUUAGAUCCCAUAACCCGAAAGAGCCUCAUGAAAUACCUCUAAAUAUGCAAAAUCAGUCAAAUGUGUUACGAAUUGGCUGAGAUAUGGUCACAUGUGUAUUGGCUUUUCCCCCAUCAAACCUUUAUAUUUUGGUCUCUGUUCAUAACUCUAUGAACAGAGCGAAAAUAACAGUGAUUCGUUAGCAAACUUCAAAUCUUUCAUUGGCAAUAUCUCAACUGAUUUUACACAUAUUUGACUAAUUUUGCAUAUGUGGAAGUAUUUUAUGAAGAUCUUUUAUGCUAUGUGAUUAAGAUUCAAAAAUUCUAAGAAUAGGUUUUUGGUGACGUCACACUUUAGAACUCUGUAGAUAGCUUCUAUGCAUUAUUAUCAAACACGCUUUGCUUGUCUUCUUUAAAUAUCUGACUUCGUAUUGCCAAUGUUAUUUUCAAUCAUUUACAUCAAUUGUUUGAGCUUAAAUUGUUAAGAUUUUCAACUACGUAUCUUAAUAUUUAUAAUGUUAGUGUAAAUGAAGCUAGAGACAAAACAGAGUGAAGCGUAUAACUCACAGGGUUCGAUUGCUUCUAAUGGUACGAAAUAUCCUCCAACAGCCGACAAACUUUCUGUCUUCGUCUCUUCUAUCUUCUCUUCUGGUUUUUCUAAUAAAAACAAGUCUACAAUGAGAGGUUUGUAGCCAUUAAACAAAUGAGUUGUUGUGAAAACUGAGUGUGUAUUUGCGGCAAAUUUGGCCUUAAACCCUGUAAAAAUAAUUGACGAUUUUCAAUUCUUUGUCAAACAACGAAUUUAAUCCUAGAUCCUACUGUUGACCUAAACACGCAUGAAGUUACAAAUUCAAAUAUUUGGCAUGUGUUAAUUUUUCUGCGACUUUUACCUAAUUCUAACUUGUUUUUCUGCAAUUUUAUGCUGAGGCCCAA